AUGGUUCGCACAUCCGUCCUUGCCGAUGCCCUUAAGGCCAUCACCAACGCUGAACGCCGUGGUAUGCGCCAGGUCCUCAUCCGCCCAUCCUCCAAGGUUAUCAUCGCCUUCUUAAAGGUUAUGGCUUCUCGUAACUACAUCGGCGAUUUCGAAGUUAUCGAUGACCACCGCUCUGGCAAGAUCGUCAUCAACCUUCUUGGCCGCCUCAACAAGUGCGUCGCUAUCUGCCCACGUUUCGAUGUUGGCCUUGGUGACCUCGAGAUGUGGCAGGCUAAGCUUCUCCCAUCCCGUCAGUUCGGCUAUGUCGUUCUUUCCACAGAUAAGGGCAUCAUGGAUCACGAAGAGGCUCGUAAGCACAACGCUGGUGGCAAGAUCCUUGGCAUGUUCUUCUAA